AUGAAAUCGAAACAAAGAAGAUCUCUACAGAAGCAAAGUGAAACCGAUGGAAUUGCGGAUGUAUCACAGCCGACAGUGAAAACGGAGGAAGAAGGCAGCGCUGUCUUGUUCUCUAAAUUCGAUUUCCUUGUUAAAAAUGAAAAGAAGAAAAAGCGGUUGACUACCUCGGAGAAGAAGCAGAAGUUCACUGGAAAAGAUUACAAAUCACUUAUUAAUAAGGUUGAAAAGAGAGAAGAAAAGUUCGAGAAACUCAAGGAAAAAGAACCCGACAAAGUUGCUGAUCUUGAACGUGAUGUCAAAUGGAAACGCGCUCUGAACAGAGCACAGGGCGUCAAAGUGAAGGAUAACAUGGAACUACUGCGAAAGGGAUUAGUACGAAAGGAGAAAAUGAAGGAGAAACGAAAAGAAAAUUGGUCGAGUCGGGAGUCAAACGUGGAGAGAGGGAAGGCGGAGAGGCAGGAGAAACGGAAAAGUAAUCUUCAAAAAAGAAUUGAUGAGAAGAAAAAGCGUAAAUUGCAACUGAUGAAAAAGAAGGGGAGAGUUUUAUAG